AUGGCGACAGGAAGAACAUUCACCCUGAACACAGGUGCCAAGAUCCCAGCCGUGGGAUUUGGUACCUGGCAAGCAGCACCAAAAGAGGUUGAGAAGGCGGUGGAAAUUGCUCUGAAGUCAGGUUAUCGACACAUUGACUGUGCUGCAAUUUAUCGCAACGAGACCGAAGUGGGUGCUGGCAUAAAGAAUUCUGGUGUACCCCGAGAUCAGAUCUUCAUCACCUCCAAAUUAUGGAACACGAAACACGAUAGCUACGAAAACGCUGAGUCAGGGUUGAACAAGACUCUGAAAGAUCUAGGUGUUGACUACCUUGACCUAUACCUGAUACACUGGCCUGUAACAUUCGCCAGCGGUGACCGAUGGUUCCCACUAGACGACGCUGGUGUUUUCAAGGCAUACGACACCGAUGUGAUCAAGGUAUGGCAGAUCAUGGAGAAACUUCUGGCAACAGGAAAGACAAAGGCUAUUGGUGUCAGCAACUACAACGUCAGACGCCUGAAGGAGGUACUUGCUGUAGCCAAGACCAAACCCGCUGUUAACCAAAUCGAAAUCCACCCAUACCUUGUACAGAAAGAUCUCGUUGACUUCUGCAAACAAGAAAAUAUCCUCCUCGAGGCAUACUCACCACUCGGCAACAACCAGACUGGCGAACCAAAGACUGUAGACGACGCCAAGGUGCACGCUAUCGCGAAGGAGCUGGACAUGGACCCAGGUCAAGUGCUCGUCAGCUGGGGUGUGCAGAGGGGUUGGGUUGUGCUGCCCAAGAGUGUAACAGAGAAGAGAAUCGUUGGCAACUUCCAGGACAGAGAACUCCCAGAAAAAGCCAUGCAAGAAUUGGAUGCCCUCGAGCGACACAAGCGCUUCAACAUGCCGACAAGGUGGGGUGUAAACAUCUACGAUGAGCACGACCCAGCCGAGCUAAAGAAGAUCGCGCAGGAAAGCGGAGAGGAGAACAAGACGAAGUUCACUGUAUAG